AUGAGCAAGGCAGCCAAGGCCAAUCAGGCACCCAGCAAGAUAGCUGAGUCGUCCUUUGGCGCGGAGGAUGAAGCACUUGGACAAGGUCUCCCUGCGCAUUGGACAAUAGAGGCUCUAGAUGAGCGGGUUCAGAGUUUGUUGGAGAGCUACUUGUCCUCCGCAAAGUCUGACGACGCCAUCAAGAACUUCAAGGAUAUGCAGGGAACCGCAGGGCCUAGAUAUGUCAUGCUUAAAAAGGGCGUUGACUUACGCUUUGGUGCAGUGUAG